UCGACCGUAAACACACCUCUGACUGGACGACCGCGGCCGAAUCGGUGUUACCUGGUAAAGGGAGCAUAAAUAAGGACCCAUACCCCUGGUUCUGAUCACCGAUGCUUACAGGAAGGAAGAAGCGUAAUCUGUAGUCGUUCCCACCAGUUCUCGCCGUUUCUGAUUCCACUUACACCAUGUCGUCCUCAUCGGAUAUGAACAAAUAUUGGAUCCCCCACCUGGACAUCCACAAGAAGGUUAUCACCCAGGAGCUUCAGUACUAUCUCGGGCCCGAGGCGACAGUGAGGUCUUUCACUCGCGAUGGAGAAGAUGGUUUCCUGAUCACUACACCGGGACCUUGCCUGACAGAUGAGCAAAUAGACGACAUCUGUGUUAAAUCGAAGGAAAUGUGGGAGAAGCAAGCGGCAGCAAGGGCAUCUGGCACCUCCAGCAAGCCACUCAAACGACCGCUCCACCAACCGGUGGUCAUAGCGAAGGCGGGCGGCUCGUCAAGACGAAGGCGUGACAGCCGACGGCGCAACGAAAGUGACACGCGACGCGAUGAGAGACGGCGAAAUUGAUCGUGGUGUGCGUAGGAGGGCCCCCAACCGAGCGGGCGUGUUGCUGGCACCUAAUGUCCAGUGUGGAUAGCCGACGGAAAAGUGGCGGGAGAUUUUUUGACGCCAAACGGAGAUGGGAGAUGUCCCACCAUCUGACGACCAGCUGAUGUCAAGGGCGAG